AUGGAAAAAACAACAAAAAAUUUAAAUAAAUUUAAAAAUUAUCUUUUAAUUAUUUUAUUCCUAAUUUCAUCAAUUUUAAUAAUAAUAAAUGCUCAAUUUCCACAAAAUCAAAUGGGAGGAGGAGGACCUCCCCCACCUCCACCCCCUGUAGCUAUUCCUGUUGGUGGAGGUAAUGUUCCUGUAGGUGGUGGGGGUGGACAGAAUAUUGGUCCUCAAGGAUCUCAACUUUUUUCUGGAAUUGGAGAUAAUUUACUUUAUGGAGUAAAUUUGGUCCCUUUUGGCCCAGAAGUUGGCGAUAGAAAAGUCCAUCCAGGAUUUUUGACAGCUGGACAAACAAUAGAUCUAUAUAUGUAUUUUCCUUUUUAUGGAGGUCUUUACAACUAUACAACUUUGUCAGUAAAUGGAUAUAUGGCUUUUGCUACAGUGCUUGACCAAGGCCCCACAAUUAAUGUCGGUCCCGAAGCUACAGAUUGGCCUAGACAACAAGAUCCAGCAAUGAUUGGCCCUUAUUUAUGCAAACAACAGAUACCCCAAGAUAGCAAUGUAGCUUUAAGAUCGGGUGUUUAUUAUCGUUUAAUUAUGAGACAAUCAAUGUUUGGUAGAGGUUCUGGAAUGAAUGUUGGAGGGCCAGAUGUUGGGGGAACAAUGCCGGAAAGUAGUUUCUUUGGUUUUCGUUUUCAAAAAUGUCCGGCGGCUGCUGACAAUUAUGUUAGGUGUGACGCUGCUGGAGAUUAUUUUCUUGAUCAAAUGAUGCGUUGGUUACAGGAAGGAGUAGCAGGUGCCACAGCAUUUCGUGCAGAUGCUGCUUUAGUCGUUACCUGGUAUAACACAGCCUCUGCAAUUUCUGGUAGAGCAGAUAUUGAUGGGGGGCAAUUAGCUACCUAUCAAGUUGUUUGGUUAACUGACCAAGCUGGGAGACUUAGUUAUGUUAUUUUAAAUUAUGACAAACUUGGAUUUGAUGCUGCUGAUAUUCGAAUGAAUUCUAGAAGUGGAAGGUGUCAGGCACUUUUCAAUGGAGGAAAUCACACAGGCUUUGUGCUUGUAGACCCAACACAAAAUUACAAAAACACCCCCAAAGUCCUAGCUCAGCGUUCUGGUGUUCCUCACAUGGUUCGAGGCCGUUAUAUGUUUAGAGUUGAUGAUGUUGUUAGGCCUGGAGGGUGUUCAAAUAAAACUGGGGGAACUUACCCAAUAAUGAUAUAUCCAAAUAUUGUAAAUAUGUUGGGUGAAAUGACUGUUGAUGUUAAUGCUAUAUGUUUGGAUAGAACACAAACAUAUAUUUUGAUGAUUGAACAAAGACAGACAGCUUCUUGUAUUGUACUUAAUGCAGCAAUGGCUAGAUGUAAUAUUCCAAAAAUUUAUGACUGGGGAACUAAAACUGUGUUUUUCCAACCACAAAGUCAAGGAGCUAAUGAUGAAAGGGCUUUUGUUGGAUAUAUUUAUUUUGUUCCCCCAACAUUAGAUCCUAUGCGUUUGGAUGUUGGCAAUAUUUAUGAUUGGUACAAAAAUCCCUUACCAAAUAUUGUUAUGCCUAUUUCUUGGUAUCCCCGCAACUUUACAAAUCCAGAUUUAAACUUUUUUGAUCAAAACAUGCAUAUAAGUGAUGAUGCCGUUUAUGGUGUUCAAUUGGGUUUAUAUGUUAUUGGUUAUAAAGAAUCUAAGGAUGACCAAAUCAAAAAAUUCCGCCCUGAACAUCGAGUUCUUUGUAGAUUAUCAACUUAUUCUAAUAGAAAUACUUAUGAGUAUAGAUGGAAUGCUCAAAAAGAGAGAAUUAAUUUAAAUCAAGUUGAACAAUGGUACAUGAAUGAUUGGGAAAGAAUGAAUGAACUUUUUACUUUUAGAGUUGGAUAUUUAAAAUUAUCUCCCUUAAGAACAAAUGAACAAUCAGCGUUUCAAGCCCCUCAACUUCUUUCUGGCCUUGUUUCUGCCCCAAUUUCCCUUCACUGGCUUUGGACUAUUGGAAAUCCUCGAUACGAAACAACAACAUUUUCUCGUCAAGAACAAGACGUUCAACAAGAAUUUAUUGCUCAAAAAGCAAAAGAAAUGUGUCAUGAUUGGUUUGAUGAAGAUGGGGCUCAAUGGAACUUUAUUCGAGAUGUAGAAACAAAUGCUUCCUGUCCUUGUAUGGAAAAUCAGGCCAAAUUCGACUUGGGUCGAUUUAUGCCCCAUCCACGUUGCUCACAAACAUUUAGAGAUAUAACCUGUACUACAAUGAUUGGGGCAAAAAAUUGUUAUAUGAGUUCAUCCAACAUUUACGGCUCAUAUUCUGGCAGGCAUUUUGAUUAUGGUUAUGGAUAUAGUGAAUAUAGUAGAGGAGAUUUUUAUAGAGAUAGAGGGCCAGAAACGGGAAGUGAAGGAACUUCCUUUGGUGGUGGAUAUUAUGGAAGGGAUGGACAAGAUAGGGGAACACGAUUUCCAACACAUUAUGGACAAGUUUGUUGUUAUGAUGAAAAAGGAUUUUUAAUGCAAACAACAUACCAACCAGUCAUUAAAGUAAUUGAAGAAACUCCCUACAAUCCAGGCUUUCCACUGAGAGCCUAUGAAUUUGGUACCCCUCCAUAUAUGGGUCAAUUUGAAGUUCCUGGUCUUUCUGCCUUUCACCAUGAUUAUAUGCCUUAUUUUCUUUGUUGUAAAUUUGCCAAAUUUCGUUGCCAACUUUUUUAUUGGAGAAGGCCAAGUAGUGGAUGUCAACAAUAUCAACCACCAGCUAUUGGGGAAGCAAUGGGUGCUGGUACUUUCCACACUAUAGACAACGACAAAUUUGUUUUUAACGAGCCUGGUGUUUACACACUUCUCCACAUUCCCAAAACAAUAAAUAAUCCCGAAGUUCGAAUCCAAAUUCGUUUGGAACGUUAUCCCAACAGACGUGUAGAUUUUAGUAUGCUAGGCCGUUAUCUCUCUCAAGAACAAUUAGUUCAACCUACGAAUGCUACUAGAGUCUUAGUAUUGGCAAGAGGGGAUACUCGUCGAUUCCGCUAUCGAACUUCAGUUAUUGUUGGAAAUAUACUCAGAUAUUUUGACACAAUGAGGCUGCAACGAUUUAAGGGUAAAUUUAAGAGUCAUCCCUUUACUAGUCCUCACAUUUCAGGAGUUCUAAUUUAUGUAAAUAACGUGGAGAGAGGCCAACCAGAAGUUUAUGUAGUUUUGGAGGAAGCCCAAAUUGGUGUUCGAAUCAGAGAAAGUUAUUCUGUUGAUAUUGACAGAAUGCCAAUGUAUCAAGAAUCUAUGGGUAUUUUGGAUAUUGCUUUAAGUGUUCCUCCUCAAUAUGGAGUGCAACCAGAUGGAGAUAAAACAAGAGAUCAAGAAAUGCGUCAACGUUAUAAUUUGCCCCGAGUGUCAGGUUUAAUGCGUCCAUUCCCUGAUACAGUUACAGGCUCUAUAUACAGCACUCUGACUUUAAAUGAAGUUAAUUCUGAAUCAAUUCGGCAACAAAUAAUUACAUACUAUAGAGUACCCGGGUCUGGAGAACGUUUUACUGAUUAUCAACAACAAACAUUAAAUCAGUAUAUGAUACCUACUGAUAAUAUGUUCACAACCAGCCGAGAAGAGGACAAAAAGUUCGAAGCCUUCCCAGAGGCCGCAAUGAAAAACGAACCAAUCUACAAAACUGCCCAAAUUUACGAAACACCCCAAUACAGAUUUGUGCCUAGAACAGGCUCUGUAUUAAUGCAGAUAUUGCAACAAUGCAAUGAUUUAGCUUCUAGAGAUACUCUCGGAAUGCAACCUUAUCAAGGCCAACUUUAUUGGGAUUGGGCUUCUCAAUGUCCAGACAAUCCCGGCAAAAUACUUCAACAUUGUGGAGAUAAUGUUCCUUGUCUUUAUGAUUUUACUCUUUUAAAUGCUGAAGUAUUAGGGAAUGAAGUAAAGGAUACUUGGAAUGCUUUUUUCCAUGAUAGGGGGCAAGCAAUUAGAAGUUAUAAUAGUUGUGGACCUAUAAAUAUAGAAUAUCCUGAAUAUAUGAUUAAAACACCAGCAUUAGCUCCAAGUUAUAUGCAAGGAGAUGUUGCUAGAUUUGAAUUAUCAGAAUGGGAUAUAACGAGAAGUAGAACCAGACUGGGUCUCGGAAUCUUGUCUCGGUCCAGUAUAUUUGGAAGUAUAAAAUUGUACAAACAUGCCAGUGGGACUAGAAAGAUUUUCCAUGUUUUUUCAUUUCCUUGGCAUAUUUUUCAAAUCCGCCUUCGAACAUUCUUUAAUCAUAUCAAUUUUCAGUACCCCAAUAGCUAUAGAUUUGAAUGGAAUAAAGGUGGACAGCCUUGGUGUCGUUCUAGAGAAAUGGAUAAUAUGUUAACUUGGUUACUAGGCAUACUUGGAACAGUGGGUAUUAUACUUGUAGUUGUUCUCCUAUUCCUCAGUUGUUGGGUUGUUAAAGUUAGGAGGAGGCAGGAUCAAGAAAAGGUUCCUGGAGGUACUCUAAGACAACAACAACAAUUUAUGGCACCAGGUUUUGGAGGAGCCGAAUCGAUGCCUCCAAAAAGUGUUGGAUCUGACAGCACUUUAGAAUUGAGACCUAAAAAUGGCGCCCCCUCUCAAAUUGCUGAAUAUUCUCCAGAAUUGAGAACUAGACACCCUACCAGUGGAGCUGGAUUGCCCGAUGAGACAUCUCAACUUUUGGGACUACACACAAGUGUUUAA